AUGGACAAAUCCAAUACCGCAAAAACCCCAAUGGCCUUUGGAUACAAAAUUGAUGCACACUUAAAUGGCAAACCCGUUGACCAGAAAAGAUAUCGUGGAAUGAUCGGAUCACUCUUAUACCUCAUUGUCAGCAUACCUGAUAUCAUGUUUUCUACAUGUGUCUGUGCUAGAUACCAAGCAAAUCCUAUGAAAUCUCAUGUAGUUGCUGUGAAACACAUCUUCAAAUACCUUAAAGGCACUCCCAAAAUCGGCCUUUGGUAUCCAGCUAAAUCUAAUUUUCAUCUAAACGCUUUCACCGACUCAAACUACGGAGGAUGCAAGCUAGAUAGAAAGAGUACAUCUGGUAGCUGUCAAUUCCUAGGAGGUAGACUAGUGAGUUGGACUUCAAAGAAACAGACUUGUGUAUCCACAUCAACCGCAAAAGCUGAAUACGUCGCUGCCGCCAGCUGUUGUUCACAAGUCAUAUGGAUGAAAACUCAACUGCGUGACUAUGUGUAA